AUGGGUUUAUUCAGUCGUUCUUCCUCUCAGGAUCAAAAUACCACCGCUCCUAGUACGAGAUCAGGCCUCUCUAACGCUUCUCCAGCUGAAACAUUAAAAACUCAAAUAGCACAAGAAUUAGCAGUGGCAAAUGCCACUGAAUUGGUCAGUAAGUUGACGGAGAAUUGCUUUGAAAAAUGUUUGACUGCUCCUUAUUCGACAAACAAUGAAGCUUGCGUGGAUCAAUGUUUAACGAAAUAUAUGAAGAGUUGGAAUGCUGUUUCUAAGGCAUACGUUGCAAGAAUACAAGAAGCUUCCACAUCUGGCGAAAUUUGA